AUGUCGACGUGUGAUAGUCAGAGGGCUGAGGCCUCGAGGGAUAACGUUUCUCAAAAUUCUGUAGAUGAGGGUUUACCGCGAGAGCUUAGCCAACUUAGCCUUUCGAGCGGCUCCAGUCCAGAUGAAUUUCACUGCAACAAAGGGCAUUCCGAAGCAACAUUAAAGAACAUUUUUGGAUAUUACCAAUCACAAAAACUCUGCGAUGUAGUCCUUAUUGCGGGUACUUGCAGAAUUCCCGUCCAUAAGUUGGUGCUAGUAUCCUGUAGUGAAUAUUUUGCUGCAAUGUUCAUGGGUUCACUACAAGAAUCAAAAUCAUCAGAAAUAACAUUAGAAAGAGUAGACCCUCAGGCUUUAAAAACCUUAGUGAAUUACUGUUAUACAGGUAUCAUAGAAUUAAGUGAAGAUACUGUAGAAGUCAUAUUAUCAACAGCCACACUUUUACAAUUGAAUGUAGCAGCAAAAGCUUGUUGUGAUUUCUUAGAGAAACAACUUGACCCGUGUAAUAGUUUAGGUAUUGCGUUAUUUGCGGAGCAACAGUCAUGUCUUAGUCUACACAAAACUGCUAUGCAAUAUACAUAUCAACAUUUUAUGCAGGUGGUAAAAAAUGAUGAGUUCCUACGCCUGAGUGAAGAGCAGCUGUCAAGUUUAUUGAAUUCAGAUGAUCUCAACGUAGUAACUGAAGAGAAUGUCUUUGAGAGCUUGAUGUUGUGGGUACAACAUGACGUCGCAGAUAGACAGAAGUAUCUCCCCAAUUUACUCAAAUUUGUGAAACUGCCACUAUUAUCAUCAGAGUAUUUGAUAGACAAAGUAGAGUUUUCUUGUGGUAAUGUGGCGGGAUGUCAGCCAUUGAUAAUGGAGGCUGUCAAAUGGCACUUGUUGCCUGAGAGGAGAUCUCUGCUCUUCUCUCACAGGACUCGGCCACGAACUUCCACUAUUGGAAGGUUAUUAGCUAUUGGUGGAAUGGAUGGUUACAAGGGUGCAAGUAACAUGGAGAUGUAUGACCCGCGCACAAACACAUGGAGUCCCUAUAUGCGAAUGGGUGCGAGACGGCUUCAGUUCGGUGUUGCCGUGCUUCAAAAUAAAUUGGUUGUGGUUGGCGGACGGGAUGGACUUAAAACGCUCAACACGGUGGAAUGCUUCGACCUGACUUCUUUGAGUUGGAGUACUCUAGCUCCCAUGAACACGCACAGACAUGGGUUAGGCGUGACCGUAUUAGGUGAAGGGCCAAAUUCGCCCAUUUACGCUGUGGGAGGACACGACGGCUGGAUAUACCUCAAUUCUGUUGAGAGAUGGGACGCGUGCUCUCGCUCAUGGACGAUAGUCGCGAACAUGUCCGGCGCUCGCAGUACGUGCGGUGUUGCCGCUUUACGCGGUCGUCUCUACGCGGUGGGUGGUCGCGAUAGCGGGGCUUGUCUCCGCUCAGUCGAGUGUUACCAUCCCGCUACUAACCAUUGGACGGCCUGCGCUCCCAUGAAUCGACGCAGGGGAGGUGUCAGUGUAUGUGCCGCCGAUGGCUACCUAUACGCUUUAGGGGGCCACGAAGCCCCCGCAAACGCCACUGGGGGCCGCCUCGCGUGUGUCGAGAGGUACGACCCCAUCGCCGACAAUUGGGUGCUACUCGCAAGGUUGUCGUACGGUCGGGACGCGAUCGGGUCGUGUCUUUUGGGCGAUCGAAUCAUAGCUGUCGGUGGAUACGACGGUGUAAAAUACCUAUGUGUAGUGGAAGUAUACGACUCUGAGUCCAACUGUUGGCGCAAGUUAGCUCCACUAACGACAGGCCGCGCAGGCGCAGCUGUCGUCGCGAUACCUCCGCCGAGGUUGUGCUGA